AUGAAAGAUUGGGAAGGCGAACUCAUAAAACGGUUCAGAACUUUGGUGCAAGACAUCGAUAAAGAAAUUGAGACUGAACUUGAAAAGAUGAAAGAUUGGGAAGGGGAACUCAUGAAACGGUUCAGAACUUUGGUUCACGACAUCGAUAAUGAUUUUUGGUUUGAUAGAUUGAAGCAUGGCAACGCCGAUGAUAUUCUUAAUGGAUUGGAGCUCAUCAGAAAGAGGGUUGCAUCUGUAAAUCAGCUCUUUCCGGCGAAAGAAAGUCAGUCUUUUACUGGGAAGGAUCAGCCAAUGUCUGAAGAGUGGUCGAGACUUGGUGUGGAGGAAAAAAUUUAUGAUAGCAAUAUCAAAGCAAUAUCAGAUUUUCGGAAAAGUUUUGACUGUCUGGAGAGCAAUCAAUUGAAAGUAUGCUCCUUGUGCCUUUCAAUUUUCCCAGAGAAUAGCAUCAUAAAGAAGAGACCCCUUAUUUACUGGUGGAUAGGAGAGGGUAUGGUCGCUAAAACCUCAGAAAAGACUGCAGAGGAGGUUGGAGAAGAUGUCUUUGGACAAUUGAUAAAUGAAAGCUUCAUAAUCCCCAAAGUUGAGAAUCAUUCUCCCAAUAUAAACAGUUUUAUCGUGCACCCUUGGAUUCGAAGAAUGCUGAUCUCGGUUGCAAAAGGACUUCACUUUUUUGAAUUUAAUCCUACAGGGAUGCCUAGCAAUGAUCAUCGUCAUGCAUUCUUAUUUGCGGGUCUUGAUGCUUCAGCCAGUGAGAUGCCUGAUGGUAUUCUUACGGUUUUCAAUGUGAAUUGUCAAUAUCUUAGAUUUAAACUUGACUGGCUCUCGAGGUUGAAUAGGGUUGAGGUUCUUCAGUUGGGCCGGUGGCAAAACUCUGUCGAACAUCAUAUUGAAGUGGAAUACGAACUCUCUUUGAAUGGUUUGGGAAGUCAGACAUCCCUAAGAUAUCUAAGCCUCAGAGGCAUUUCUAGAUUGACUAACCUACCUCGUUCUGUGCUUAAACUAAUAAGCCUUGAGAUUCUGGAUUUACGUGCAUGUCACAGUCUAGAGAAACUGCCUUCUGAUAUAUCAGCACUGAGAAAUCUUACUCACUUGGACGUGUCAGAGUGUUACCUGCUCGAAAGGAUGCCAGAUGGUAUUCAUAAGCUCUCUGCUCUCCAAGUACUAAAGGGUUUUGUGAUAGGAAGUGUUGGAAGAAAUCCGUGCAAGCUAAGUCAACUUGCUCAGUUAAAAAGGUUAAGGAAAUUGAGUAUACGAAUUGGGAAUGAAGCUGUAGGAGAAGGGGAGUUUUCAAACUUGGAGAACUUUGAAGCCCUGGAAAUUCUGGUAAUAUCAUGUGGAGCAGUUACAGAAGUUACAAAAGAUGCUCUAAAGACCAUCUCAGUCCCACCAAAACUUAAGAAAUUGGACCUCUGGUGCAUCCCUUUCCAAGAUAUGCCCAAUUGGCUAAAGCCUGUAUCUGAAGAACUUGAAAAUUAA